AUGCUGUCAUUAAAUACACAAAAAAAAUCUACCAAGGGAUCUGUUGUCCUGGACUAUGUCUUCCACCAUUUAAACCUAGUAGAGACAGAUUACUUUGGGCUGCGGUAUUGUGACAGAAAUCAUCAGACGUACUGGCUGGACCCCACCAAGUCUAUUGGAGAACACAAAGAUCUUAUAAGUACUGGCCCAUCCUAUACAUUAUACUUUGGUGUGAGAUUCUAUGCAGAAGAUCCCUGCAGACUUAAAGAAGAGAUAACAAGGUAUCAGUAUUUUCUUCAGGUCAAACAGGAUGUCCUUCAAGGUCGACUACCGUGUCCUUUUACUGCUAUGGCCCAACUGGGUGCCUAUGCCAUUCAGUCUGAACUCGGAGACUAUGAUCCUUACAAACAUACUGCAGGAUAUGUUUCUGAGUAUCGCUUUGUGCCAGAUCAAAAGGAGGAAUUGGAAGAUGCAAUAGAGAGGAUACACAAAACACUAAUGGGUCAGGUUCCAGCUGAGGCAGAGCUCAAUUAUUUAAGAAUUGCCAAAUCUUUGGAGAUGUAUGGAGUCGACCUCCAUCCAGUUUUCGGAGAAAACAAAUCUGAGUUUUUCAUUGGUUUAACUCCAGUUGGAGUUGCUGUUUACAAGAAGAAGAACCAAGUGGGGAAGUAUUUCUGGCCAAGAAUCACAAAAGUACACUUCAAGGAAACUCAGUUCGAACUCAGAGUGCUAGGGAAAGAUUGCACAGAAACCUCCUUCUUUUUUGAAACACCAAGCAAAACUGCAUGUAAACACCUUUGGAAGUGCUGUGUGGAAUGUCACACUUUCUACAGAAUGCCAGAAGGUGAUUCAGACUCCCUGUCAAGAAGAAUCAGCAAGUUUGGCUCCCUUAGUUCUAGACAUCGGUACAGUGGUAGAACAGCUCUUCAGCUGAGCAGAGACUUUUCGAUUCAGCUACCAAGACCAGACCAGAAUGUUCAGCGAACCCGCAGUAAAACAUACCCUAAAAGAAUAGUAACAAGCCAGCAGUCAGGCUCCAAUGGCACAAAUAAAAAUAGUACAAAAAUGGACUACGGUGAAAAUGAAGGAACCACCAGAAUCAUUGCACCUUCACCAAUUAAAAGCUCUACAGCAGUGAAACCUAAUUGCAGUCCAGAAACACCGAGAAGCCAAACACAUCCACCCUGGGAGGAUGGUGGUCUCAACAGUGGAUUGUAUAAUUCCCCUAAUGACCGAAACAAAUCACCAAAAUUUCCCACCCCUCGACGACGAACACCUUCUGGAGGAAGUGACAGUGAACUUGGACAGCCUACUAGACGACGAUCUCGAUCUCGGUGUAAUACAAGCAGUGGCAGUGAAUCUGAGAAUUCCAUUAAAGAGCAUCGGAAAAGAAAAAACAGGAUACGUCAUGACAAUGAGAUGGUUGAUUCAGCUCCUCAGUGGGAAGCAGUAUUACGAAGACAGAAAGAAAAGAACCAAUCUGAUCCCAACUACAGACGCUCCAGCCACAGAUCUCGAUCGAGAAGUCCAGAUGUGCAAGCUAAGGAGGAGCUAUGGAAACAUAUCCAGAAAGAGCUUGUGGAUCCAUCUGGUUUGUCUGAUGAACAACUGAAAGAGAUUCCAUACACCAAAGUUGAGACUCAGGGUGAUCCUGUCCGCAUUAGGCAUUCUCAUUCGCCUCGAAGCUUUCGUCAGUAUAGACGCUCACAGUGUUCCGAUGGAGAAAGAUCAGCCCUGUCUGAAGUGAAUGCCAGAAGUGAAUUAGUUCCACCCCUACCUGUGACACGUGUCUGUGACCCUCAGGGAUCCAGCAGUCCUGCUUUGUGCCAGCGCAAAACUGGAUCCAAAGAGAAUCUGAUUGAAGGAAGAUUUCCAGCUUCAGUUACUAACAUGGAUGGAAAAAACAAUGGAAAAGCUGUGAAAACAGUGCAGACACCACGACUUAGGGCAGAAACAUGACAUCAGUGACAAAUGUUUCUUGAAAAUAUAAACUGUAAAGAAACAGCCAGGAUCCCACACACCAUCCUCUUGAAAGCAUAAAGCAGUCUAUAACUUCAGACUUUAUAAAGGAACUGGCACAAAAACAAACUGUGAUAAAUUAAGUUCAUUUACCCCUGCCAGUUGAUUGCAAUUGAUAACCAGUUUUGUAGAUCAUAAAAUCAGCAUGACUUUUUUAACUGAGGUAUAGCAACAAAAGAGGAGAACUGCAGUAUUUGUUGAGGAAGCAGACACCAUUCUUGUUAUUUGUCUUUUUACUAGAAGUUACUUGGAUAAAGCAUGAUUUCAUACAUAGCUGUAAUAUAAUGACAUUCUUGCUUCAUGUCUAAGUUUGAAUCAUGACCUGAUGGAAAAAAGCUGCUUUGUAUUAUGUAUGGCUUUACAUUGGGGGAAAAAGUACAGUUAUACAUUUCAGCAUGAAACAACAUUACCAUGUUUCUGUUCUUGGACUUGCACCAGAUAUUUUCCUCACUUGUCACUUCUGUGCAGUAGUUAAUUUUCUGCUAUACUUAAUACAUUUACACCAAUCAUGAUUUAUUAACAAAGUCUUAACUGUCAUCCUAUGCAUAUGAAUGCAUCCACUUCCCUCAGAACAUUUUUAUUUUUCCUCUUACUAGAAUCUUCAGGACCUUUACUUUUAGUCAUGGGGCAGACAUUUCUGCCUCCCUUCCUUAUUUAUUAAGCUGACAUUACUGGAUUCAGAGGGCAGUGUGUGGCUGAUAUUAAAGGUCAUACUGCUAUCUGGGUAUCUAUUUAUUCAAGGUUAUUGCUGUUCAUGAAACAUCUUUCCCAGCAACAAAAAGGCAUUUUCUAUUUUCCCUAAUUUCUCCUAUAGUAAACUGAUUUACACUAA